ACUGUCCUCGUGCCCGCGGGUACGCCUCGCCCUCGCUUGGUUUCAUCUUCCUCGCUGCCCUUUCUCGAUUCAAAACUCCAAGCUCCUCUCCUCUCCCCUCCCCACCACCCCCCUCCACCGACGCCAUGGCGUCGCCUCGCUCUCAUGAUCGAUCCGACGGUAAGCGCCUCUGCCCACAGCCCAUCCCUAACCCUAACCCCAGCCCAAAUCCUGACUCUGCCCCCUCCCGCCCCAGCCCGUGACCCGCUGCUGGACAUGGUCUUCCAGGCGGCCUCCGACGACAACCUCCCCCACUUCAAGGCGCUGGUCAUGAUGCUGGACAUGGGCAGGGGCCGCCCCAAGGAGGCGAUUGAGGAGUUGAGGGUGGAAGAUGAUGCGAAGCUUCAAGGUUUCAGUGCGCUGCACAUCGCGGCCAGUAGAUGUAGUCUUGAGGUGUGCAGGUACCUCGUCGAGGAGCUGCUGAUAGAUGUGGAUCUGGUCGACAAGGAAGGUAGAACACCUCUGUUGUUUGCAAAAUACCACAAUGGGGGUACUGCAGAGUAUCUUCUUGAUCAUGGUGCUAAUCCAGACAAAGCCAAUAACGAUGGGGCUUUCCUGUUACAUUAUGCCGCUGAAUUAGGUCCAACCUCUAUAAACACAUAUCUCUGUUCUGCAUCUCUGCAUUGCAAAUUGUUUUGUGUUAUCUUAUUCAGAGCUAUUUUCCUUUGUUUCAUGUAAGUAAUUUACCAAUAUUGUUCUGUGCUAAUAAAUUAUCUUCAAACCCGAUGGUUAAGUUCUUGUAAUGUGUCUCUCUGUUCAGAAGUACAUGUUGUACACGCUUCUAAGUAGAGGUUUGGUGGUAUUUCCUGAUAUACUCUUAGCUGUACUAAAUAAUAAUCUUGCACACGCUUCUAGUCGAAGUCAUCGAUAUAUUUAUGUUUAGCUAUUAGCCAAAGUUCUGCCGUGUGCAUGCAUGUAUUGCAUCAAACCAGGGCUCUUUGUGUAGCAUAAUUACUAAUAUUUUAAACACUUUAACAUGGAUAUAGUGGCUUAGCUGCUGUGCAUGUGCAAUAUCCUAAAAUGUCACCUCAUUGGGAAGUCAAAUAACCUAAUACAUGUCACUAUCAUUCCAGUCUUACAUGGUUGUGGAGUCGCAAUA